UCUGAAGGCAGCAGACCCAUGGCUCAGAGAAUGCAACUCGACUUGGAAGGGAUUCGACAGAACAACCAGAUGUGGCUAGUGAAGGUUCCUAAAUACCUGUCACAACAGUGGCAUAAAGCUUCCGGAAGAGGUGAAUUAGGGAAGCUGCGGAUUACCAACAAUCAAAGAAAGACUGAGUUGUCAUUUACUUUGAAUGAGGAACUUACAAACAUCGACAUUGAUGGACAACCAGGCCCAGCCACUGCUCCCAGGGAGCAUCAGUUUUUCUUGCAGGAGCUGGGAGGGCAAAUACUCACAGUACUGACCGAGGGUGCCCAGGACAAGCUCUCAUUAGCAGGAACAGUGGUACAGCGAAUGGAAUGCAGACCUGCUGUAGGUGAAAACUACAUGAGACUCAAGAGGAUGCAAAUAAAGGAAUCUUCCAAACCUGCCAGAACUGUACAGAAACUGGACAAGGUUGUCACAACCAAUUAUAAACCUGUUGCUAAUCAUCACUACAAUAUCGAAUAUGAGAAGAAAAAGAAAGAAGAUGGGAAGAGAGUGCGAAUUGAUAAAGACCAGGUUUUAACCGUGCUAUUUUCUGCCUUUGAGAAACACCAGUAUUAUAACGUCAAAGACUUGGUGGACAUCACUGGGCAACCUGUGGAGUACCUGAAGGAAAUCUUGAAUGAAAUAGGUGUUAGGAAUGUAAAGGGGCCCCACAAGAACACAUGGGAGCUGAAGGCAGAGUACCAACAUUAUCCAGCAGCAGCCAAAAGUGAGGAAGAAAAUCCUUUGCCAUGA